AUGUUCAGCUUUGUGGAUUCAAGGACUGUCCUGCUACUCGUAGCGUCCCAGGUUGUUUUACUAUCCGUUGUCAGAUGUCAAGAAGAGGACGACCAGGAGACAGGUGGCUGCAUCCAAGAUGGCCAGCAAUAUAAUGAUAAGGAUGUGUGGAAGCCGGAGCCGUGCCGCAUCUGUGUGUGUGACAGCGGCGCGGUUCUGUGCGAUGAGAUAAUCUGCGAGGAGAUCAAAGAGUGCACCAACCCCGUCAUCCCAUCUGGAGAGUGCUGCCCCAUCUGCCCUGCUGAUGCCAGUGCCCCCAUUGAGUCAGUCGGUGCUAAGGGCCAGAAAGGUGAACCAGGAGAGAUUGCAGAUGUUGUAGGACCAAGAGGACCACCGGGCCCUAUGGGCCCCCCAGGUGAGCAGGGAUCACGCGGAGAGGCUGGCGCUAAAGGUGAUAAGGGAAAUCCUGGCCCCCGAGGCAGAGAUGGUGAGCCUGGCACCCCAGGGAAUCCAGGUCCACCCGGCCCACCCGGACCUAAUGGACCCCCAGGGCUUGGAGGGAACUUUGCUGCUCAGAUGGCUGGUGGAUUUGAUGAGAAAGCUGGAGGCGCUCAGAUGGGAGUGAUGCAAGGACCUAUGGGCCCUAUGGGUCCCCGUGGUCCCCCUGGCCCCACUGGAGCCCCUGGCCCACAAGGUUUCCAAGGUAACCCUGGAGAGACUGGAGAGCCUGGUUCAUCUGGACCCAUGGGACCCCGUGGCCCUCCUGGACCAUCUGGAAAACCUGGAAGUGAUGGUGAGGCGGGCAAACCAGGGAAGUCUGGUGAGCGUGGACCUGCAGGGCCACAGGGAGCUCGUGGAUUCCCUGGAACUCCUGGUCUUCCUGGAAUCAAAGGACACCGAGGUCACCCUGGUCUAGAUGGAGCCAAGGGAGAGACUGGCACCGCAGGAGCCAAAGGUGAGGCUGGUGCUCCUGGAGAGAAUGGUGCCCCUGGACCUAUGGGCCCACGUGGUCUGCCUGGUGAGAGAGGACGUCCUGGAGCAGCUGGAGCGGCUGGAGCCCGUGGAAAUGAUGGCCUGCCUGGUCCUGCUGGUCCCCCUGGACCCGUUGGCCCAGCCGGAGCACCCGGUUUCCCUGGAUCUCCAGGAGCCAAGGGUGAAGCUGGCCCAACUGGUGCCCGAGGAUCCGAGGGCGCACAAGGACCCCGCGGAGAGGCUGGUACCCCAGGAUCUCCUGGACCCGCUGGAGCCUCUGGAAACCCUGGUACUGAUGGCAUCCCAGGAGCUAAAGGAUCAGCUGGAGGUCCUGGUAUUGCCGGUGCCCCUGGAUUCCCAGGACCCCGUGGCCCACCUGGACCUCAGGGAGCGACAGGACCUCUCGGGCCCAAAGGACAGUCUGGAGACCCUGGUAUUCCUGGAUUCAAAGGUGAAGCUGGACCCAAGGGAGAGCUUGGCCCUGCUGGUCCCCUAGGUGCCCCCGGUCCCGCAGGUGAGGAGGGCAAAAGAGGAGCCAGAGGAGAGCCUGGUGCUGCUGGACCACUCGGACCUCCUGGAGAGAGAGGUGCUCCUGGUAAUCGUGGUUUCCCUGGUCAAGAUGGUCUGGCUGGUGCUAAGGGAGCUCCUGGUGAUCGUGGUGUUCCUGGUGCUGCUGGGCCUAAAGGAGCCACUGGCGAUCCCGGCCGUACAGGCGAAGCCGGCCUCCCUGGAGCCAGAGGUCUCACUGGUCGACCUGGAGAUGCUGGUCCCCAAGGCAAAGUUGGACCUUCUGGUGCCCCUGGUGAGGACGGUCGCCCUGGCCCCCCUGGUCCACAGGGAGCCCGUGGACAGCCAGGAGUGAUGGGAUUCCCCGGACCAAAGGGAGCCAAUGGGGAGCCUGGUAAGGCAGGAGAGAAGGGUCUUGUGGGUCGUCCUGGUCUGAGAGGUCUAUCUGGAAAAGAUGGUGAGACUGGUGCUGCUGGACCUCCUGGUCCUGCUGGACCUGCUGGAGAGAGAGGAGAGCAAGGACUACCCGGACCUUCUGGUUUCCAGGGUCUUCCCGGACCAUCUGGCCCCCCAGGAGAGGCAGGAAAGCCCGGUGACCAGGGAGUCCCUGGAGAGGGUGGAGCUCCUGGUGUUGUUGGACCCAGAGGUGAGCGUGGUUUCCCUGGAGAAAGGGGUGGUGCUGGACCACAGGGUCUUCAGGGACCUCGUGGACUCCCAGGAACCCCUGGAACUGACGGACCCAAGGGAGCCAUUGGACCAGCAGGUGCUUCUGGAGCCCAGGGACCUCCCGGCCUGCAGGGAAUGCCCGGAGAGAGAGGAGCUGGUGGCAUCUCUGGACCCAAAGGAGACAGAGGUGAUAAUGGAGAGAAGGGACCUGAGGGAGCUCCAGGAAAGGACGGUUCUAGAGGUUUGACUGGUCCCAUUGGUCCUCCUGGCCCAUCUGGUCCAAAUGGCGCCAAGGGUGAGACCGGACCUACUGGUCCUACUGGUGCUGCUGGUGCUCGUGGUGCUCCUGGUGACCGUGGUGAGCUUGGGCCUCCUGGGCCAGCUGGCUUUGCUGGGCCUCCUGGUGCAGAUGGUCAGCCUGGUGCCAAAGGAGAGCUUGGUGAGUCUGGACAGAAAGGAGAUGCUGGUGCUCCUGGCCCACAGGGACCAUCUGGGGCCCCUGGACCUGUAGGACCCACUGGUGUUUCCGGACCUAAAGGAGCCCGUGGUGCUCAAGGAGCUCCUGGUGCUACUGGUUUCCCUGGUGCUGCUGGAAGAGUUGGACCUCCUGGCCCCAAUGGUAAUCCUGGUGCUGCCGGCCCAGCCGGUCCUGCGGGUAAAGACGGUCCUAAAGGUACUCGAGGUGACCAGGGCACUCCAGGCAGAGCAGGGGAUGCUGGGCUUCGUGGACCUGCCGGCCCCUCAGGAGAGAAAGGAGAGCCUGGAGAGGAUGGACCCCCUGGUCCCGAUGGGCCUUCAGGUCCCCAGGGUCUUGCUGGAUCUCGUGGUAUUGUUGGUCUGCCUGGUCAGCGUGGAGAGAGAGGCUUCCCUGGUCUCUCUGGACCAUCUGGAGAGCCUGGUAAGCAGGGAGCUUCUGGUUCCUCUGGUGACCGUGGACCUCCAGGACCUGUGGGACCUCCUGGACUGACAGGACCCGCUGGAGAAGCUGGUAGAGAGGGCAACCCCGGAGCUGAUGGACCCCCGGGUAGGGAUGGAGCCACUGGAGUCAAGGGUGAGCGUGGUAAUACUGGUCCUGCUGGUGGCCCUGGAGCUCCUGGUGCCCCCGGUGCCCCAGGUCCCGUCGGUCCCCUCGGCAAGCAAGGAGACAGAGGAGAGGCUGGAGCUCAAGGACCCGCUGGACCAUCCGGACCUGCCGGUGCUAGAGGAAUGGCUGGACCCCAAGGACCACGUGGAGACAAGGGAGAGGCUGGUGAGGCCGGAGAGAGGGGACAGAAGGGUCACCGUGGAUUUACCGGUCUGCAGGGUCUGCCCGGACCUCCUGGUCCCGCUGGUGACUCUGGAGCUGCAGGACCUUCCGGACCAAGUGGCACCAAGGGACCCCCUGGACCAGUCGGACCUGCUGGUAAAGAUGGAUCUAAUGGACAGGCUGGCCCCAUCGGUCCUCCUGGACCUCGUGGACGCUCUGGAGAGACUGGUCCUGCUGGUCCUCCUGGUAACCCCGGACCCCCCGGUCCUCCUGGCCCUCCUGGCCCUGGCAUCGACAUGUCCGCCUUCGCCGGGCUGUCUCAGCCUGAGAAGUCCCCUGAUCCACUCAGGUACAUGAGGGCGGACGAGGCCUCCAGCUCCCUCAGACAGCACGACAUCGAGGUGGAUACCUCACUCAAAUCCCUCAACAACCAGAUUGAGAACAUGCGCAGCCCUGAUGGCACUCAGAAGAACCCAGCCCGCACCUGCAGAGACCUGAAACUGUGCCAUCCCGAAUGGAAGAGCGGUGACUACUGGGUUGAUCCCAACAUUGGCAGCACAGCCGAUGCCAUCAAGGUCUUCUGUAAUAUGGAGACCGGAGAGACCUGUGUCUACCCAAGCAUUUCCAAGGUACCGAAGAAGAACUGGUGGUCCAGCAAGAGCAAAGACCGCAAGCACGUCUGGUUUGGAGAGACCAUGAACGGAGGAUUCAGCUUCAGCUAUGCUCAGGACGGCCCGGCCGGUAACGCUGCCAGUAUCCAGCUGACCUUCCUGAGGCUGCUGUCCACGGAGGCGUCUCAGAACAUCACAUACCACUGCAAGAACAGUGUGGCCUACAUGGACCAGGCCAUGGGCAACCUGAAGAAGGCACUUCUGCUGCAGGGCUCCAACGAUGUGGAGAUCCGCGCGGAGGGCAACAGCCGCUUCACAUAUGGCGUGUUGGAGGAUGGCUGCAAGAAACAUACAGGCCAGUGGGGCAAGACCGUCUUUGAGUACAAAACGCAGAAGACCUCCCGUCUUCCCAUUGUGGACAUUGCCCCCAUGGACAUCGGAGGAGCGGAUCAGGAAUUUGGAGUGGACGUAGGCGCCGUCUGCUUCUUGUAA